GUUGAAGCCGCCGGCAAGACCAUUCGAAUGUUCCUUACACUCCCUGCUCUGUCAUCGCCCAGCGUCGCUGUCGUCUUGCAUCUAGCAACUCUCCUGCAUUGGCUUUGACCGAGAACUACCGAUAUUUCUAUCUCCUACUUGCGUUGACUUGAUUUCAGGCGACGCCAUUGUCAACCCCAUUGUGACAAACGUCGCUACGAGAAGCUUGCAGCACCAUGGCGGACGCAUUAUGUGGACCGUCAAACGCUCUUCAGAAUUUCCAGAAACAUACAGCUGUCGAUAGGACACUUCAGCAGGACAGACUUGUUAAUCACCAAUCUUCUGCUCAACAGGGUUUUCGCUCACAGAAUCCUAAUGCGAAUAUAUUGGACGCCGAAUUCGAAUCUUUCGAGAACAACUUCGCUGGAAAUGUGGUUCCUAUGUUAGAACGACCGGGUUCAUUCGGCCCUCCACUCCAUGCUCAGACACACCCCGCCUUUGCGCCUCCCGAUGUUGGGGACUGGGCGUCGGAUUUUCAGAACUUGAGGGUAUCUGGUCCUCCCCAAAAUCUGCAUCAACAUCAUAAUAGGCCGAUCCAGGCGUCAAACGGGUCGCAUUCAGCAAAUUGGCAGGAUGAGUUUACUAGACAUCAACAACAAAAUAGCCAGAAUCUCAUGAACCGGUCAGUUCCCAUGGCAAAUUUUCAGGCACCCUUUAUGCCUACCUACCAGAUGCCAGCUGGAAUGGCAGCACCCCUGUCGAGCGAUCAGGGAACAGUACAGUCACACUCAAAUCAGGAGUCUGCCACAUAUGACGAAGGUGCAUUUGAGGCGGCAUUCGAGCAAGCACAGGCCGAUAUCGACCAACAGCAGACGGCAAGUACUGAGCAACAUCAACAAGCGGAAUCCGACGCAAACCAGUCAAGUUCAAAGGAAUUACAGCCAGAAAAUACCCAGCAAAUAAGAAUUGGUUCCGACCUUAUCGUAGACACCACAGAUGCCAAUGUUCAAGAGCAGAAAGAAGACCCCGAUGAGUUGGCAAGAACUGCUGGGCACCUACUCGAUAGCCUCAGCCAUGAUAACAGCAAGAAAUUCAAGGAGAGCAAUUUCCUCGCCCUCAUGCGCCGAAUUCGGGAUCGUGAGGUUCAUGUUGAGGGUGAUGAAUUCCGCGAAACAUCACAACCGUUACACCCAGGAGGCAGAGGCUACCCCAGAGUAUCCGAAGAAAGUAGAUUCAAUGCUGGUGAUGGCAGUAGUCCCAUUCCCAGCGCUACAAAUCUACAGUAAUACAGUAAAUUCGGCUACUAGGUUCUAACAACUAAUAUCUUCCGUGUGAGGUCACUUCACAGAAAAGACAAUGACGAAGGGUCGCAUCAGCGCUCCUGCGAUCUCACUAAUCCGCCCAGAGGUUGGUAUUUGAAUGAGUGAACCAGGCUCUACGAGAUUGUCGAAAUGCGAAAUGGUUUCUUUGAAUUGUACAUACGAAUUUUGCGCAAUACCCUUUUGAUCAGCGACUUUGGUUGCGAGACGUCGUUAGUCUUCAUCAUUGUACAUAUACAUAUUGAUAGUCAAUCACCUGACACGAUUUUACCUGCUGGUUUGCUUCAUACAUGGGUGGCGUUUC